AUGCCACUUUCUCGACUGGAACAUUGCCUGUCAUAUCAUUUACGUCUGCUAUUACCGCAAGUAUUAUCACCAAGAUCCUCUCAUAGAGUAGCAUAUACCUUUUCAUUACUAUCGGCAAUAACCUCAGGGUUCAUAACAUUGAUAUCAUUAUACACACACCCAUGGCAGGAACAUUUGAACUAUUCAUCGUGGCAAAUUAACAUGAUCUCCAGCGUGACAAAUUUGGGGAUGUACUUGACUCCUCCUAUCCUUGGAGUAAUAGCCGAUAAUCAUGGCCCAAUCACACUAAGUAUUAUCUCAGUUCUGGGAUUUAUUCCAAGCUAUCUCUACGUGGGGCAUGUUUUCAAACAUCCUGAUAUUGCAAAUUCGGAAUCAUCAUUCAAUUUAACUCUGCUAUGUUUUACUUUGAUUGGAAUAUCUACCAGUGCUCUUUACUUUAGUGCAUUGAUUACCUGUACAAAACUAUACCCUUCAAGGAAAUUACUAUCAAUAAGUUUACCCACUACAUGCUACGGUAUCUCCUCAGUGUUUGGAUCACAGCUAUUAAGGAUCCCAUGGUUUUGGUCAAAAUCGCACGGUUUGUUAGACCUGGGGCGUGUAUUUGAAUCAUUUGCACUGAUUUAUAUUGUAAUAGGACUUUUAGCAUGGAUAGCAACAAGCGUAGUUUCCAUGUUAAAUGAUAAUGAAGAAAAGGAAAGCAGUAAAUUAAGCCAAGAACAUAUACGGGAGCAAGAACAUGAUCAUGAGCAACAACCAUUACUACCGAGAUCUGAUGAAAGCACUGAGAAUCAUAACCCGAUGCUAAUAUUUAAGGACCCAAUGACAUAUCUUUUUGGGAUUUCGAUGUUACUAUCUUUAGGUCCCUUAGAGAUGUUUGUUACAAAUAUGUCAUCUUUAUCAAACUUGAUAAUAAAACGUAAUAUUGUUUCAUUAUCGAGCGAAUUAUUGUCAAUUUAUGCCAUUUCCUCCACAUUAUCAAGAUUGAGUACAGGGUUGCUCGUCGAUUUCUUAACUGCAAGGAAGAUAUCAUUAAAAUGGAUCCUAAUGACUUUGUUGUCUUUGGGAUUCAUUGCACAAUUAUUAAUUUUGAAUUUGACCAACCCUUCUAGAUUAGCUGACACUAAAGAUAUAUUAUGGACAGGAAUCUUAUUUGGCAUUAUUUAUGGUGGUUUAUUCACAAUUUAUCCGACAAUAAUUUUAAUUGUUUAUGGAGAGGCAUUAUUUGGGACAGCAUAUGGAAGUUUAUUGAUCCCCACUGCAGUUGGAUCCAUAUUAUCUUGCAUGUCAUAUGCAAAAACUUAUGAUUCUAGGUGUCAUCAAGAGGGUGCUACGACAACGUGCAUCAAUCCUGUUUACUAUCUUACAAGUACACAAUUGGUGCUAUCCAUGGGGGUCACUUUAAUCGUAUUCUUUGCAUGGAAAAGAAGAAGGAUAUCUUUGUAA